AUGUCGCCAGCUAAAAAUAUUGCUUUCGGACAGAUAAGCAACAAUUCCGUGUCCUGGCUAGGUAUAAAUAGUCGUUGCAGGCAGCAAUUGAGACACAGUUCAUUUGAAGCUCUCAAGAUGAAUACUCUACGACUUGUUGCUCUAUUGCUCGCGGUGCUCAGCGCACGGGCAAGCUCUAUUCGCACUCCCGAGGCAGUUGGAAAUCCUGUGCCAGUUGUGCCGCCUGUCGGUGAGAUUUCCCAGGUGGAAACGAAGGAAGACUCUCAGGUGGCUGGAAACCUUGGUCAUGCGGUGCAAUCUAACGUGGAACAGUCCAGUGUGAACUUUCCUGUGCAAUUCGUGCAGCCAGCGAUAGAGCAGGCAAAUGCCGACUCCCAACUUGUGGAAAGCCCUGUUCAGCCGGUGAAGCCUAAUGUGGUGACUGGAAAUGCUGUGCAGCAGCAUGCAGAGGCAGUCAAUGAAGUCUCUCAGAUUGACGCUGAGUUGCCAGAGAAUCCUGUGGAGCCAGAACAGUCCAAGGCACAGCAAAUCACAAAAGUCGCUCCAGAGGCAAAGACCCCUGAGGUAUCGGUAGAGUCUAACGCAGAUCAGGUCCCUGUGAGGUUUCAAGCGAAACAGUCACAGGUAUCAAAUGAGGUUGUGCAGGAUGUCGUCAAGGAGGUGGUGCAACAGCAAGCUCAAGAAGCGCCGAAGCUAUCCAAUUUGGUUGCCAGCGAAGUCGAGUCGAAGUCUCAGCAAUCGCAAGCAGCUCCAGCAGUCGAGAGCCAGAAACGCGUGCAGUCUGAGGUCCAGGAAACACUAGCAGAUGUCGCUAAACCCUCCAUCGAUACAGAACAAGUCGUAGGAAAGUUGGAGGGUAUUGAGAAGCAGGUUGUGGAUAAGGUGCAACCUGAGAGACGCAAAUAUCCCCGUGGGUUUUAUAUUGUCGAUCCCCUAGCAGGUCUGAACAUUACAGGUCUGAAUAUUACCAACAACCCCACAUUCGGGCAUUUUAUGAAGCCGGCGUUCUUGCCAUUCCCCCCACUCUUCGGAAGUUUCAUAUCAAAAGGCGAUGCUUCUGACACAGCAGAUUUAAACAAUGCCACGUUCAACAUUAACGGAACCGACUUAUUUGGAAACAAGCACGACAAAUUUUCGCUUAACCACGAUAGCUUUAACGCUAGCUUAAUUCCACAUGGCAAUUUGAGCUUUUAUGGUAAGCCUGCCUUCUUUCCCUAUCCUCUGCUGCCAAUACCUUUCUGGAAGUCCGCUGAAGAAAACGAAGCAAAUAGCAACAACAAAGCUUCCGGCAUUAAUGAUCAGCUGUACAACUUCAACCCCUUCUAUCCGAUGUACGACCCGUCAGAUUUUUAUGCAAAUCAACGACGCGCGCACGAGGGCAACGCACAUCAGCCACAACAGGAGCAUGUGAAUCAGGGUCUACAGCUAAUUGGUCACAUCUACAUUUACAAAGCACCCAAAGCUGGCAACAACCCAAAGCCACCCGUGCCUCCAGCAUCGGACGCUAUUCCGGACAACACUGACGAAGGCGAUGUCAAGAUCGACGAACUAUUUGGCAACUCUCAGCUGUGGCUGCAACCCGUUGUUCACCCUGGCACCGGCAACAAGGACGACGCCUCCAAUCAGAUCAACGAGAUCUAUCGCAGUCUGCACCUGGUACAUCCCUCGGUUCAGCAGCGCUCUCAAUCAGCCGUACAAAGCGAGGACAGCUCCGUGCUCUUUGCCGUGGAGAUACCCAAGCCAAUCUAUCGCUUCUUCAAGUCCAUUUUCGGCGUCUUUACAUACUAA